AGAAAGCUAUACACUGCAGAGGAGUCCUCAUUUGUUAUUACUACCCCGUAAUGGUAUGGGCCAAGGGAAGACUACCAAAAAUCACUCUAUUUCAGUCUAGUCAUGGAUUUCAUCCCCUGUGUCUCCAUCUCUCGCUACUAAACCAUGGCGGAUUCUCUCUCCUCCAUUGCCCUCUUCUUCUUCUUCGUCAUCUCCCCCUCCUCCUCCCCCGCCGCCGCCGCCCAAGUCUCAGAUUACCACACCCUUUUUCUUCGCCCUCUCCCCGCCACCCGCCAGUCGCUCUCCUUCACUCCCCUGCUUCAGCCGGAAUCCGACGAGACUUCCCUUGCUCUCGAGCUCCAUCACGUCGACCGCAUCUACGGCGAUGAACUGAAUGCCACCCCCAAGGCCCUCUUCCGGAUGCGGCUGCAGCGGGACGCCGCUAGGGUUAAGGCUCUCUCCGACGCGGCGGCCAACGCCACCGUCUCCCGCCGCGCUGGCGGCCGCGGAGCGGACUUCAGCAGCUCCGUCAUCUCCGGGCUCUCUCAGGGGAGCGGCGAGUACUUCACGCGCCUCGGCGUGGGAACGCCUCCCGAGUACCUGUACAUGGUUCUCGACACCGGGAGCGACGUCGUUUGGCUCCAGUGCUCUCCCUGCAAGAAAUGCUACUCCCAGGCCGACCCGGUUUUCGAUCCGAAGAAAUCCAAGUCCUUUUCCCCCAUCCGGUGCGACACUCCCCUGUGCCACCUGCUGGACAGCCCCGCCUGCGACCCCCUCAAGAUGUGCCGUUACCAAGUGUCCUACGGCGACGGAUCUUUCACCGACGGCGAGUUCUCCACGGAGACGCUCACGUUCCGGCAGACGCGCGUCGAGAACGUGGCGAUCGGAUGCGGUCACAACAACCAGGGCCUCUUCGUCGGGGCGGCCGGACUGUUGGGUCUGGGGAGGGGGAAGCUGUCGUUCCCGAGUCAAGCGGGUCAACGGUUCGGAGGGAAGUUCUCGUAUUGCCUCGUGGACCGGUCCGCCACCUCCAAACCGUCUUCCAUCGUCUUCGGAGAUUCCGCGGUGGCGAGGAGGGCGGUGUACACCCCGCUCCUCAAGAACCCCGGGCUCGACACCUUCUACUACGUGGAGCUACUGGGAAUCAGCGUCGGCGGGGCGGCCGUUCCCGGGAUCAAACCGUCAAUGUUCAAGCUAGAUCCGGCGUCAGCAGAUGGAGGGGUCAUAGUGGAUUCGGGCACGUCGGUGACCCGUUUGACCAGCCGGGCGUACGAGGCGAUGAGGGAUGCAUUCCGGAAGGGGGCGACGGAGUUGAAGCUGGACCCGCGAGGGUACUCGCUGUUCGACACCUGCUACGAUCUUUCCGGGAAGGAGGAGGUGAAGGUGCCGACGGUGGUGCUGAAUUUCAAAGGGGCCAACGUCUCCCUCCCGGCUUCAAACUACCUGAUUCCGGUGGAUUCGGCGGGGAAGUUCUGCUUCGCGUUCGCCGGCACAAAUGGGGGGCUGUCCAUAAUCGGAAACAUCCAGCAACAGGGUUUCCGGGUGGUGUUCGACAUGGGGGAAUCUAAAGUCGGGUUUGCCACCGGUGGGUGCGAUUAAUUAAUUAAUUAAUUUUAACCUAAAAGUCCAUCCAUAAUUCGCAUUACUCUUUUAUUAAUCUUUACGAGAAAACUAUAUUGUUACUCCUGUGCUUUUUCAAAUUUGCUGUAGUGGGAUUUAGUGUGGUUGCUUUUUAAUCUUGAUUAAUCCCUUUGGGUGGCAUUAUAAAGUGGGGAUUAUGGUUAAAAAGGGCUUUCAAUGGAAUGUAGAAACUGUAAUAAUGAAAUUUCGCAGAAAGUAUUAUAUCAAUUGACAUUAUGAAUAACUUGGGCACAAUUGG